CGCCAUUUAAAAAUAGUAUCGUAGUUUUGUUGCAGUAGAAAGCUGACCACCCGAUUCCAUCCGUUGACAAUCCUAAGGCUUUCGGAUUUUACUUCUUCCAUCGAUCCUUCUCCUCUCUUCUUCAGGUUGGUGUGGCUAUUAUAUGGAUAAAAACGGCCCAGGCAAGGAGGUUUCUGAGGACGCAACCCGGGAAUCAUUAAUUGCCCUCUCAUAUACCGCUCCAGAUAAAGAAGCAGCUAACUCAAAUGAAAAGGGGAUUAAGGAGAAUAACUUAGGAGCUGGGCAUGCUGAUGGAGAUGAUCAAUAUAGAUCUAAACUAAUCUCAAUAUCAUAUCAGUCACCUGACCCUAAAGCCCUACCGGUUCAUCCUGGAGAUGGUAAAGCAUAACUCAACCUGCAGGUUUCCAUACUACAGAAUCUCUGUAAUCUUCGUAUGCUAUGUUAAAAGUUUUACUAAAACUAACCGGAUCAGGAACUAAUUAUACAUGUGGCAGCUGAAAUUGAUCGUUUCUGUUGUAAUCAACAUUAAAUAAAUUGAGCUCCAAUGUACAGAUAUUUGCUACAGUGACUGUAAUCUAUUCCCCUGAUCUGUUGAAGAUUUUACAUAGGUUUUAUUUGCUUGGUUUUUUCUAUCCUGCAAUUAUUGCACUGUAGAAUGGUUUCACGUGUCAGUUGCUGCCUCCUCCUUUUCGGAUAUGUGGAGGUUCUUGGUAAUAAAGCUUCAUUGGAGGUUCAUUUGUGAGCUGCAGCAUGGCAACUUUUGCUUGUAGUUUUGGUGGUGAAUUUAUGUGGUGUCUAAUAGUAGUUAAGGCAGUCAAGGACUCAUUUUUCAUGGAGUUUGUUAUUCUUGGUUAAGCUAUGGUGUUAUAGACGUUUCAGUUAAUCCUAGUAUGCAUACUUGUCGACAUUAAGUAGAAUGGACACUGGGGUUUUGUAUAGUCAGAGAGCUCUCAUCCUUGCAAAAAACUUAGAAGUUUGUUUCCAGUUAAUGCAGCUAGGCUGCUAUAAGGCAAGUGCCAGGAGAACUGUUUUCACUUUCUGUUAGAACUACAUUGAUUGGGCAGUAUGCUUAUGGUUGAAUAUUAUAAACGUUUCUCAAACACGAAUAUGUUGGACCUUCUUCUCAUUUUUGUGAAUUACAGAAAAGCAGUAGGCAAACAACUUGAAACCAUUCUGUAAAUCUUGAACAGGAUGUGAAAGUUCCUUGAAAAAUGUUCUCAUUCUCUGGUUUCUAGCUUCCAGUAUCGGGCUUACGCGCCAAUCCUGGAUGAGGAGGAAGUUGCCCCACUUUUAGGUCCUAGGUGCCUGCCUGAAUUAGGAGCCCCACAAACUAUCUGUGAAAUUACGGUUAAAGCUACAGAGAAAGAGUACACAAGCAGCUUACAGCAACCCGUUUUAGUUAAAAGCAUUGGAUCACUUUACUCUCUGACAGAAUUAAGCCUGUAAAAUCAUCUCUAUGAUCUCUAAGAUACAUCUAAGUUGACAUAGUGGAGGGCUUCCUAGUCUUGGGCUAUUAUCACUCCGGUUUUAUGUUAUUGAACAACAUUAGGAAUAUCUGCUGGUUUUGUAUCUAGGAAAGUUAUAAAUUGUCACGUGACUCGCGUCUGCAUGUAAAUCAUUAAACUGGCUAAGUUGAAUAUCUGACUAACUUCAAUAUUGGAUUUGUGCCCCAUUAUUAUGUAUUGGCCAACCAUUCUCUUUACUGAAACUAUGGUGCAUGGCAGAGGAUUUGAUUUGCUCCAUUUGGCCCUAAGUCAGAACACUUGUGUUUUGUAGACCUUAGGAGCUAGUACAUGUAUCUGAGGGGUAAAAGCUCAAGAGUUGAGGCCCUCAGUUUUGCAUGUUGUAGUAGACUGACAGUGGUCUCUUGGCUGUAAAGAAAGAACACAUUGACAACAAACAUGUGCCACACUGGUCAAUAAUGACAAAGAUUCUGUCAUACCUACAGUUUGAUGAUCAUAAUUUCAUAAGAGAUAAGAGAUUCCGCGUGCU